AUGGCCAAACGGAACGACAGAAUCAAACCUUGGAACAUUAACUAUCUCCGAUGCUUUGUCAACUAUCAUCAAGAUGACUGGGCACGCUGGCUACCACUAGCACAGUUUGUUUACAAUACCUCUCAACAUGCCUCUACUGGAAUGGCACCCGCGGAAGCCUUAAUGGGAUAUCGACCUGAUUUGAAAAUUAACGUCAGCAAACCACCACAACCGGUUGCCAUACAUGCUGCUAGCCGCGCGAAACAUAUUGAGGAAACACGCCACAAGCUCAUCGAGAACCUACAAAAAGCGCGACAAGCACAGAAAAUCUAUUACGAUGCAAAACAUAAGCCUCAACAAUUUAAAAUAGGUGACUACGUCAUGCUCAAUGCAAAAAACCUCCGAUUACUACGCCCGGUUCGUAAACUCGACCAUAAAUAUGUUGGACCCUUUAAGAUUCUGAAUACCAUCGGAAAACAAGUGUACAAACUGAAACUGCCACCUUCAUAUAGAAACAUCCAUCCUGUAUUCCAUGUUUCUUUAUUGGAGCCAUACAACCGCAGGAAUGGAGCUUUACCAGAACCAGGACCGGAACUUGUCGACGGCGAAGAAGAAUACCAAGUUGAGGAAAUUUUUGAAAACGACAACGAAAAAACAAACCUCCGGAAUAUCUUGUGA